UUUAUAGCCUAUAAUAUAUUCAAUAUUGCUAUAUUAAUCUAGAUCUAGUAAAUUCUAGUAACUAGAUCUAGAACGUAAAUUAGGAGUCCGAGAUUUUUUCCUUCAAGUUUAUCAUAAUAUAAGUUAAUUAUUUAGACUAAUUUUACUACUUAAACUUCAAGGCCAAAGGUAUUGAAAUUCAAAAUGAGUUCAAACAUUGAAGAUUAUAAGCUCACAGAAUAUUUUUCUGAUGGAGAAUCAGAUUCAGAGUAUUCUGCUGGAAAUGAAAUUUCGGAAGAUCAAGCAGAUGAUUAUCAGAAAUGUUUAGCUCACUUACAUUUAAGAAAUUACCAGGAAGAAUUAGCAGAAGCUGCAUUACAAGGUUUAAAUACAGUUAUUUGUGCUCCUACUGGGUCAGGCAAGACAAGAGUGGCUACAUAUAUUAUCUUAAAUCAUCUGAAUGACAAAAAUGGGGCAAAAAAGAAGAAGGUUGCCUUUUUGGCUAGAACUGUUCCAUUAACUAUACAACAGUAUAAGUCUUUAUACAAGUAUCUGCCUUCAAAUUACAAGAUUACAUACAUCACUGGAGAUAGUCAAGAUAGCAUGAAUCUUCAGUCAGUUAUAAAACACUAUGAUAUUAUUGUGAUGACACCGAUGAUUCUGCAAAACAAUGUAGUUAAAACAGGACUUCGUUUAAGUAAGUUUUCUCUGCUUGUGUUUGAUGAAUGUCACCAUACAAGAAAAGGAGAACCAUACAAUCAGCUUAUGUCAAGUUAUCUAUUUGCAAAACUAAAAGGAAGUGACAAAGCGAAGGCCAGACUUCCAAAGAUUGUUGGUUUGACAGCGUCUAUUGGUAUUGAAAAUGGUAAAACUGUCAAGGAAGCCAGUGAAAGUAUUUUGAACGUUUUGAGUAAUUUGGAUGCUCCAUGUCUGAGCACUGUGAAGAAAUUUAAAGAGGAACUUGAAGAAUUAACUCCUGUUCCUUAUGAAAGAUUUGAACUUCUGACUGAGCGUGAUGGAGAUGAAGCAGUAAAAACAAUCAAUGAUGUUUUAGAAAAACUUGAAUCAUGGAUUAAGAAAUAUGCUAAAGAUUUAAAAGAUGACUCUAUCAACAUAUUGGUCAGUCAGCUUCCUUCAAAUAGAAAAACUCAGGCUUAUGGGCAGUGGGCUGUUAAACUAAAACAACAUUCUCGGACCAUACCAAUUUCUGAUGUUAAUAAAGAGACAAAAUUAGAAGUCAGAGCUCUGAUGAUCCUGUCAGACUACUUAGUGCAUUACAAUGUGGCAUUAGAGGCUUAUGAUCUUGUUGAACUCAAAGAUAUCAUUAACUAUCUUGAUAAUCAUUUUGAAAAAUUUAUAUAUUUUGGUGUCAAAAAUAGAACACAACAAGAAGAAAUAUUUUAUAAGUACUUUUCAGAGUUAAAGGCAGCACUUUCAAGAAGAGCAUCAGUUGAUGAAAAUCCAAACCUGAUUCGUCUUUCCAAGAUACUUCUAGAAAAGCUAAAGGACAAAGGAGAUGAUGCCAGGUGCAUUAUCUUUGUGAGAACAAGGGCUCUUGCAGAAAGCCUAGCCCAGUGGUUCAAUAGACAUAGUAUAUUAGCACUAAAAGAUCUGAAUGCCAAAAUAUUUACUGGCAUUAAUGCUGCAGAAGAAGAAGGGGGAAUGACUCCUAAAUUACAAGAUGAUACUCUUCAAAGCUUUAGAGAUGGUGUUACUAAAGUUUUAGUGGCUACAUCUGUAGCAGAAGAAGGGCUUGACAUUGCAGACUGCAACUUGAUUAUUAAGUAUAAUCAUGUAGGAAAUGAAGUCUCUACUAUUCAAACAAAAGGACGAGCUAGAAAACGUGGAGGUUUUUCUGUUUUACUGGCCAUGGAAAAUGUAUUGUGCAGAGAACGAGGAAAUCAAGAAAAAACUAAAUUAAUGUUAGAAGCUAUUCAAGAAAUAAGUAAGAUGAAUCCAUCAGAAAUUAUUAAAUACCUUGAUAAUUAUCAGAAAAAAAGGAUUGAGGAUGAGGAGCUUGAAGCGCAGUUGGCAAGUGAUAAAAGAAUGCCACAAGAGAAAGUUUUUACAAUGGUUUGUUCACAAUGCAGGAAAGUUGGAAUUGAUAAUACAAAGCUCAGAACUAUUUUGGGUGUGCACAGAGUUUCCAUUGACAGUGAGUUACUUCAAAGUGACAAGGUGAAACUAGCCAACAAAAAAGGAAAAACUAUAGAUGGAAUAGAAUUUCUUGGUUCAGUAUUCUGUCAAGGCAAAACAGAUGAAGGGAAAAUAUGUGGCAAUACAUUAGGAACAAGGAUCAAGUACAAAAAGACUACAUAUUUUGCUCUGGGCAUUAAAAACUUUGGCUUUUUUAUUGGACUUGAUACAAGGUUACAGCAUUAUAAAAAGUGGGAUCAAGUUCCUUACUCUGUUGAGGAAAUAGACAGUGAGGAUAAAAUGAAGUAUGUUAUAGGUGAUGAACGUUCUAAAGCUGAUAUGAUUUUUGAAGAUGAAAGCAGUAGCAGUGAGGAAGAAAUAGAUGGCCUAAUUCAACCUCUUCAAAACACUUAUCAAGGUCAAAAAUAGGUGCUUGCAGUGAUUCAACAGACAACUUGAAGCUGAAGAAUACCAAAGAACCUUGUGUUAAUACACAAUUUGCUUCACUUGAGCUUUAAAAAAAAUCUGGCUUAAAUUGCAAGCAGUAAGCCGUAACCAAGAUUGAAAUAAUCAAGGUAGAAAAAAACAAACUAUGGUUACAAAAACAAAUUAUAUUUAAGUAUAAUUAAAUCAUGAAUACAAAAAGUAACUAGAUCUAUAUUUGAUCUGGAAAUUUUUUUUUUUUUUUUUAACUCUUAUGAGGUUUUAAGUAAUUAUUCAUAUUUAGCAAACUAAAAAAAAAACAACGGAUUCUGUAUAAUUUGAGAUGAGGAAAAAAAAAAUGUAUU